CGGGUCGCUCGCACGCCGUCCGCCGUCGCUCCGAGCCGAGGCAGCCCCUCACAUUCCUCACCGCCUCCAACACACAUUCAAUCUCAGUCAGUUGACACAGCAGUUGUGACUAACAAUUCGCAAGGAACGUACAAACCUCGAACCGGAAGAACGACCAGUGUCUUCGGGGACAUUUUUGCGUGCGUGUCCGAUGAGUGCUGCGAUUCGACGGCCGUGACGAUGAAGGCCAAGUCGAGCAACGACCGGCCCCGGGCCGCCCUCUUCCUGUGCACCCUCGCGGUCGCCGCCCUCACACCUUCUCUCGCAGGUAACUCGAUCUUCACAUCAUGUUUUCCUUGAAUGUGAUUUUCCUGCUUGCUCUGGCCGCAGCCGGACACGGCGACUCGCUGCUGAAGCCCAAGGGUCGUUACUCGGAGCUGCCGCGCGUGGUCGAACGACCCUACUUCGACGACGUGUCCCCGCGCAACGUGACCGCCGUGGUCGGCCAGCCGGCCGUGCUCAACUGCAGGGUCAAGCACAUCGGCAACAGAACGGUUUCCUGGAUUCGAAAACGCGACCUGCACAUUUUGACCUCGAGCAUCCACACGUACACCGGCGACGCCCGCUUCAUGGUGCUGCAUCCGGAAGGGUCUGACGAGUGGAACCUGAAGGUGGACUACGUGCAGAGGAGGGACGCCGGCAUUUACGAGUGCCAGGUCAACACCGAGCCGAAAAUCAACAUGGCGCUGCUGCUGAACGUCGAAGACAAGAAUUCCACUGACUUGCUUUCUACGGCCCGCUCGAGCGGCAAGGCUGCCGGACCCUUCUCAGCGGCCCAAGCGACCAUCUGGGGCCCUGAGGACGUUUACGUGAAGCGCGGCAGCACCAUCAGCUUGACCUGCCAGGUCAACAUCCACGCGAACCCGCCGUCGUCCGUGCUCUGGUUCCACGGCGCGGCCUCGGUCGACUUUGACUCGCCACGCGGAGGCAUCAGUCUGGAGACGGAGAAGACGGAGGCGGGCACCACCUCCAAACUGCUCAUCACCAAGGCGCGUCUCACCGACUCGGGCAACUACACGUGCGUCCCGUCGAGCGCCGAGCCCGCCAGCGUCUGGGUCCACGUGCUCAACGGUGAGCACCCGGCAGCGAUGCAGCACGGAGAACACGGUGCGGGUCGUCGUGUGGCGCGCUCGGCUUUGGUGUUGUUGGCCUCGUUACUCGUCCACGUGGCGCUCACCUGCAGAUGAUGCCACUAAGUUUCUGCUCAGGACAAUCCAGUUGUGUUGAACUGCGUCGACCACGAACGGACGAGUGCGAAUCCGAACCUGCAAGUUUUUCAGAAACAGAUGGAAAAUUUUAGGGCAAAGUGAAUUUAAAUUUAAACCUCCGAUAUGUAUCACGCGAAUCCCGUGCAAGUACGUAUUCAAUUUACAGUGGAACUGUGGCGCGCGCAAUUCCCUCCCCCUGCGAAAAUCGGUCUCACUGGAUUUUUCGUGGUUUUUGCGAUUUUAUCUCCCGGGAGAAUCCUUUGAGUCUAUUUAUUCGUCAUCCUUUUUCCUCUGCAGAUCGUCCAAGUGCUUCCUUCAAUUUUCAUUUUGGAACAAAUUUCAAAGCUCAAAAAGAACAAAAUAUUGAUUCUUGAAAACAAUCAGAUUGCUUGAUUUCAUUUGCAAAAGCAAGCCGCUGAAAUUCGGCGUCGGCUUUUGCCGGAAGCACCUGGAAAGCCUAAUUUGGACGCUACGUGUAGUUGGUGUAAAUAUUUACGCGAUUUAAUGUCCCCCACUCCCUUCGAGACUGCGGUCGUGUCCGGCAAGGACAAUUGACUUCCUUCACUACUUUUCCUGUGCUCAGAGAUUUUAUUGUGGAAAUGCUGGUGACGAGAAGAGGAUCAAACCUGAAUCCUGUGUUGGAUCUGCGCGAGAACGUGUUGUGAAAAUUGCGAUUCAUUAACAUUAGUGGCAGUGCUCAGUCAGAAAAUGCGAGAGAAAAACACUUGUUCUCUUUCUCUCUUACAUGUUUAUGUUCCAGAUGGCAUUUCAUUAAUUGAGAGAUAUUUAUUCCUGUGUCCUUUGCGUUUCAUAUGUGAUCAGAGCAGUUUUGCGAAUCUCAUCCUUGACACAUUUCGUUGUAGUGUGAAAACAAAUUAUUAAUAAAAAUUAUCUGACGUUGCAAUU